AUGUCCACUCUCCAGCAUCUAAACUCGUUUAUUUCUGAGCGGUUGUCAGCAGCGGCUGUGGAGAUCUUCGGGGCGGUGGAGAAAACGCUGACACAGUGCCAGGGAGAAAUCAGCCGGUCCAAGCAGGAGAUAGAUCACCUGAGAACACUGGUGCUCUGGCCUCAAGUCAAAUUAAACAGAUCAGCAGCUCAUCAGGUCAGUCCUCUCCGCUGUGAUAAUGAGGUGUCUCCUGAGUGGUGCCAUGUGGAGGAGUGGACCCCAGAUGUGAGCCCGGACCACUCGAGCCCCCUGCAUAUUAAAGAGGAGCACGACCAGAGGGCUGAUGAGCGAGGGCCGUCCUGUAGGCAGCAGUGUGAUCCCACUGUGUCCCCUCAGUUUGUGAGAAGAGAAGGUCACGAGGAGCCGCCCUUACGCCUCUACGAAAUAUUAACUGCUGAAAAAACAGCUGAUAUCAAAGCUGAGCCUGCUGAUGAGUUAAUAACAUCUCCAUCGACCAGAGAGGCUGAGAUCUCCUGUGGAAUAGACCCAGAGGCUUCGGGACUUAAGCGAGAAACCCUGAAAGAUCCACUUGAGACCACUCACCAUGAGCAGGAAGGGUUUGAUGAGCAGCCGUACCCUGAACAAGACGAGAGCCCCUGUCCCCCUGACCAUAAUGACCCAGGUCCUCCUCAGAUCAAAACAUUUUACACCACAGAGGAAAAUAUAAGAGAAGCUGAAGAAGAAGGCUGCAAACUGUCUGGACUGACUAGAGUUACUCAGCCUUUCUACUCUGUCAAUCCAGACAAUCCUGCAGCUCAAAGUGACAAUAGAGAGAAUACAGAGGGUGUGACGAGUGGAGAAAGGACUAAGGAGCUCACACCAACAGGGAUGCGGCAAAAGAAAAGGCGCAAUUCUACCUUCCACAAUGAGGAAAGGGAUGGCAUUGGAGUUGAAGAGGACGUAAAUGAUUUGAUCAAGGAGAGAAGACACACUUGUCCCAUCUGUGGUAAACGCUUUAAAGAGUCGGGCCAUUUGAAGGAUCAUGUGAGAAUCCACACCGGAGAGAAACCGUACCAGUGUAGGGAAUGUGGCGUGAACUUCAGACAGAGUGGAGCGCUGACUUUGCACAUGAGAAUCCACACGGGGGAAAGGCCGUACCAGUGCACCGACUGUGGCCGGCGCUUCAAUCGAAAAGGCGACAUGGAGACUCACAGGGUGACACACACGGGGGAAAGACCCCAUUUGUGUGUGGUGUGUGGGAAAAGCUUUAAAAGGAAGAGCAACUUAAACACACAUCUGAAGAUCCAUGCAGAGGACCGAAUGGGUUACAAGUCGUCCUUGUGAUCGUUUGAAAUACUGUAUACACCAUCCAGAUAGUGACAGUAUCAUAUAAGACAGUAAUUUUUUUUAUUAUCUCCACAGCAAAUACAGAUUUGAUAUUUGUUUAUGUUUGUUUUACAUUGAUGGGCCUCUAAAGUUGUUUACAUUAAACUACAUGCGAGACAAUGUAAACAAUAAUUUUGCACUUACAUUUUUUUCACGACUUUUGCCCUGACAAGCUGUUAUGGAAUCUCGGCUCAUUUGAUUGUUUUUUGGGAGUGCUGGCUUUCCAUAUUUUAUUUAUUUUGAGUGAGGUUGAUGACUAGCAUCAGGUUAUGGCCCGCACGUAUGACACGUCUACAUGUCCAGUGAAAAAACUACAAUAAACUUUUAAAAAAUAAAUAUCUAUUUUUUGAGAUACCUUUACGCCUUUGGAUUUCAUCAGGAAAUAUUUUCUGUUCCACUAAUCUAUCUGACAGCUGUGCUGAGCAGAUGAAUAUUUUCACAUUACAAAUAUGAAUGUGAUGAACUGUUUAAAUUGUCAAGCGUUGCAUAUUAUGAUAGAUUUUAGCACCACAAUAACAGCUACAACAUUGCACAUUGGUGUGUACAUAAUGCAUCAGUAAAUCAGAGGUUCACUGUGAUACCAGCUAUAUCAAAUAUAAGUAUAUCAUAGCUUUAUGUUUGUGGUGCGCCUCCUCUUAUAAGAUUGGGUAUGUGACUGAGAAGAUGGUAAUCACCACACCUUUAACAGGGUGUUAUGACACGUAUCCAUAAACUUAUCUGCCAAACGCCCAGCCUGACUAACUUGUUAUAUGUAAAACAGAAGCACACUGCUAUGCACAAAUACUUGUUGGUUGCCAGUGACUGCCAGCCUUAAUAGUUCCAGUCUCAUCACCACACCUUUAACAGGAUGUCAUGAUGAAUAUCAAUAAGUUUGUAUAAUAAAUGAAAAAAACUAUUCAAUUAAACCUCUGUCCUUGAUUUGGUCAUUUAAGUACACAUAGUAGAUUACUACUACUGAUCUAGCUGGAUUACCUGCUA